AUGAUGAUAGUUUUCAGUCCUGGGCCCAUUGGACUGACGGAGCGCGGGUUUCAAAUUGUUAGAGAUGCUAGGAAGCGGUAUGAGUCGAUGUUUUUGCAGUUACUACGCACGAAAGACACUGAAUCGAUGGCCAUCGUCAAGAUGACCACGCUUUCCACGGUGCACCGCUGGCUAGAGGUCCAAGCAAAUCGCGGUGCUCGCUACGGGAUCGAGGCCAUUGUCCAUGGCGGCGGCGAGAUUGGAAUUCGCGGUAGUUUCGUCGCUGAUGUCUCGCUGGCCAGACUU